CGCCUUCACUCAGAGAAAGUAAGAUUGCACGGAGGGUCCGCACGGGGAUUUACGCCGAUGUUUCGCAAAGGGAAUCACUCGCACUGUUGCACCUCGGAUUGUGAUUCCCAAAACAGAGGAGGAAGAUCUAGAAGAGGAAUGCAGGUGCCACUGAAAUAACUUUUCCUCUUGGACAGCAUUGGGAAGUCAAAACAAUCAAGAGGUGACACAAAAAAAUGGAGAAUCCUGUGGAGCAAAGCAAGAGUUUGAGUCAUAAAGCAGCCAAUGAGACUGGGAAGAGGAAUGGUCUAAUCAACACCAAAGACUUGGCAAUAGAUGGCAAGGAUGGAUUGGGAUCCAUUUACUCAGCUCCUCAAUACCAGGAACACAUAUUGGGGAGCUUCCCAUCUCACAACUACAUUGAGAGGAGCAGGAAUGACUCUGGCCAGCAACAAGUCCUCAACCCCAGCACCUUGCAGCACAGCGUUGAGGCCCAGUACCGACCCAAUAUCAUUUUGUACUCUGAGAGCAUGCUGAGACCCUGGAGUGAGAGCAAUAGUUCAGAUUGCUGUGAAACAACUUUCAUUGAAAGCAGGUCCCCCACAAAGGAUGGGCUGGAUUUUGGAGACAGCCAAUUCAUCGACCUAUCAGCUGAUGACAAUAAAGUCCAAACCCUGUCUUACGAUGUGGAUGAUGAGGAUGACUUCCAAGAGCUGGAGAGUGAUUACUCAAGUGAAACGGAAAGUGAGGACAAUUUUCUGAUGAUACCACCCAGGGACCAUCUGGGCCUCAGCGUUUUCUCCAUGCUCUGCUGCUUCUGGCCUUUGGGAAUCGCUGCCUUCUACCUUUCACACGAAACCAACAAGGGUGUGGCAAAGGGAGACUACCACCAUGCCAGCUCAAGUUCCAGACGUGCGCUGUUCUUGGCUGUGCUCUCAAUCACCAUCGGAACUGGCAUUUACGUGGGUGUUGCCGUGGCACUGAUAGCCUACCUGUCCAAGAACAACCAUUUGUAGGACUCUGCCCAAUGUGGACACAUACAACCCUCAGACCUAUGACCUAUUGAACCGUGGAAGAGCAGCCUCAAAAUCAGAAGUCGAACUGAUCAACUCCAACAUGGCCGAUGGAGCAUUUGAUUCAAACAACAAAACUCAUCAGUGUUCAUUGUGCCGAUCAAUUGCAUCAGUGUUCAGUAAUAGGGAGGACAGACAAUCAAAUUCAUUAAAAUGGUCUUUAUCCAAACUGGUAAUUUAAUCAACUCAAGAGAGGGGAAGCUUUGUCCCACAUACAAGGGAGCCUUUCAGAGCAGUGUCAGUAAUAUUCAGACUGUCCAGAAAGCAAGGCUUAUGGUAACCUUAUAAACAUUUUGUGAAGACGAGGCUCUGCAAUAGGUAUCAAUUUCAUUCUCUCUUGUCAGCUUCUGUUGAUCUCCUCAAAGGUAAAUAGCGUGUUCCUCUGGUUAAUGGCACUCUCCAAUUGACCAUCAGACCAGCCAGGGUGUGACUGUACUGCCCAAUGAAUCUUUGACAAGAAUCUGCCUUCCCAGGAGAACUUGCCACGGGGCAUCCAUGAUGGACACCAUUUAAACCAAAGCAUGCCCCUCCCUGGUCUGCCCUGAGCCUGAUGUCACUGGGAAGGAGUCUACAAAAUCCACCAAGGGAGGCAUCUCAGUCCUGCUGCCAAUCAGCUGGAUAUAUAGGGACUAUGUCGUCAGUUGUUGGUAGUGCCAAAGAUGGAUCUAGUUUGUGAUAUAAUGUGCACACUCCAGCCCAGAGAAAGAAUGCAGUGCAGGUCUGUGAUGAGACUUUUAAUGCCUUUCAUGGUGGAAUAACUUGCCAACAAUCCAGGUCGAUGCACCAUCGUGCAUAAUGGCACCAGACUUCAUUAUAAUCUUGCUCCAGACAUCGGCGAAAAGCUGAUUUACAGAGGUGCAGUGAAGGUUACUGCCCUUGAUCUUGAGGUAAUGCUUGAGUAUGGCAUCAGGAAGCCCCAGCAAAAUUACUGUGGGGAUCAGGGAAAAGCUCUCCACUGGUUAUCAUCAUGCCUAUCUCAAAGGACCAUAGAGUUAAUGAUCUCAGCACCAGGUCCCCAUAGCAGGAGUUGCUCAGGGUGGUGUCCUUGAACUAACCAUCCUUACCUCUUUCAUCUAUAAUCUUCUAUUUAUCACCAGCUCAGAGAUGGGAUAGUUGCUAAUGAAUGCACAUCAUUCAUUCCCAUUCACCACUCCCCAGAUGAUAAGGUAGUUCACGCCUGCAAGUAGCAAGACCUGAAUUAUUGGGGCUGGUCAUUUGCAAGUGAUAUUUGUUGAAGAAAAGUGUAAGACACUGAGCAUUUGCACAAGACAGAAUGUGUCCAUCUUCCCUUAACAUUCAUCAUUAUUGCCACCACUGAAUCUCCACUUUCCACAUCCUGGGGAUUAAUAAUCUGUCAUUUUAUCAUCUCCUUAGUAAAAAGGAAUAAUUGUUUGAAGCUAACUAUUACAGUAUGAAUCAAUUUUGCUGCAGAGCAAAAAGGAGAACAUUGGUAAAAUCUAAGAACAAAGCCAUUGGAAGAGUCUUUCACAUAAUAUGCAGUAAAUUUCAUUGAGUCCUUACAGUGCAGAAAGAGAUCAUGCAAUCCAUCAAGUCUACAUUGACCUCCAAACAGCAUCCCAACCAGACCCACCACCCUAUUCCCAAACUCCCACAUUUCCCAAGGCUAAUGCACCAAGCUUUCACACCCUUGGACAUUAUGGGAAAUGGCUAAGCCACCUAACCUGCAUAUCUUUGGACCGUGGGAGGAAACUGGAACAUCCAGUGGAAACAAAGACAGACAGAGGGAGAACAUGCAAACUCCACACAGACAGUUAUCCAAGGCCAGAAUUGAACCCAGGUCCUUGACACUAUGAGCCACCAUGCCACCCACAAUGUUAAGAAAACUCCCAGAAAACCUCUUGAUGGUUCGAUUUGAGCUUUCAUAACCAAGAUUGGUAUAUUUUUGUAGUAUAAGUGUUUUGAGAGUUGCAGACAUUUAGUUGUGUGAACAGAGUUGAGAUACAGAUUAGUCACAAAUGGUGGAGCAGGUUUAAGGAACUGAAUGACCUCUUCCUGUUCCAACACAAUCCUUGUUUGUAUUGAUCCAAAAACAUAAUUGAAACAGAAAUGAGAUAACCUUCAAUAAAACAAAGAACUGCAGAUGCUGGAAAUCUGAAUCAAAAACAGAAAUUGCCAGAGAAACUUGGCAGGUCUGGCACUAUCUGUGCAGGGAAAACAAAGUUACCAUUUUGAGUCUGGUGACUCUCCUUCAGAAUUUCAGAACUCUACUUUCUCUCCACAGAUACUGCCAGACCCACAGAGUUUCUGCAGCAAUUUCUGUUUUAGUAUGGGGCAACGUUCGUUUCAUCCCAACAUUGUAACCUUUUCCACAGGGUAAAAAACAUUAUCUU